CGGACUGAGGAGGCUGAGCUUCACAUUUGAGCGGCAGAGCUCAGAUCUGAUCUGGAUACAGCCACAGGAGAGAGGAGAGGCGCUGCGUAAAGACGCACGUAAAGUUAUCCAAGAGAGAGGACUCUAAACCACCUCUUUCUCGGAUCUUUUUCCACUAUUUUUAAAGCGAGAAGGGACAGAUUUUGGGUUUUUUUUAAUAUCCACUUUCUGGCUUUCGUGUUUGGUGUCCUUUCUCUCCAUGGAUUUAGCCCUGUGAGCUGGCUGCAGUGGACUUUGCCCAGGGGGGAUCACAGCUCCUUCCACCGGCCACCAGCAGAGCCAGCAGGCAGCUGUCGUUCAUGGUCCCAGGGGCUGUUUUUAAUGGAUUUAUAAGCUCGACUUUCUAUUUUUUUUUUCAUAAACUGCUUCUGGGGAAGGUACACCAGAGCUCCAAAUGAGGAUUUCAAUAUUCACCGGUAUUGAACGGGACAAGGAGUGAUCCCUCCCUCCCUCCCUCCUCUCCCCUUGGUGCCAGUCAUCCCCUGCGUGGACAGAAAAGGAUCCAGAUUUAGAGGCUUUGUGGGUUUUCUGACGUUCCCAAUGCCAGAAACCGGAGUGUGAGGCCAACUCCAGGCUUCCAACGUAUAUUUCUACUGUUUCUACCAGAAGACACGCAUGAAGAAGAUGGAGAGGAUCUGCACGUUCUGCGUUCUCCUGCUCUGUUUGAUGGACAAAGUCUCGGCUAAGGCCAUCCACAAAGGAAGGAAUAAAGAUCUUCGGGUCUCCAGGCCUCCGAUCAUACCAGGUUAUCCAGAAAACACCACGGGGGUGGUGGGUGGUCGGCGGUCAGCGUGGAUGGAGGUCCUGCCUGGUACCAUAAUUUCUCGAACUGUGGACCUGACUGCUGCAGACAUCCCAUCAGAUGUUCUUGACGACCUGAGUGAGGACACCACAGAGCAUCUUCUGCUAGAGCCGGGAAACGUCCUGAAACUGCGCUGCGACCCGAGCACCCGGCCCGGCAUGGCGGUGACCUGGUACAAGGAGGGGGUCCGGGUUCUGGCCACGCCCCGCAUCCAGAUCCGCGGAGCCAUCAUGGAGAUCACAGAUGUGACAUAUGAGGACUCUGGCAUUUAUGUGUGUGUUCUCCGGGGAACCAAAGAGCCUGUGAGGAACUUCACCAUCACUGUGGCAGACUCGUUCGGGUCGGGGGACGAUGAUGAGGACAAUGGAUUGGACGACUCAUCGGCUGAGAUAGAAAACGACCAAGUUUACUUCUCCAGAGGUCCUUACUGGACCCACACUCAGCGUAUGGAGAAGAAGCUGUAUGCUGUUCCUGCAGGCAACACGGUGAAGUUUCGUUGCCCGGCCAUGGGCAGCCCCAUUCCAAGCAUCCGCUGGCUAAAAAAUGGACGUGAAUUCAGAGGAGAGCACCGCAUUGGGGGCAUCAAGCUGAGACACCAACACUGGAGCCUGGUAAUGGAGAGCGUCGUGCCUUCAGACAGAGGAAACUACACCUGCAUGGUGGAGAACAAAUACGGCUCCAUAGCUCACAGCUACGUCCUCGAUGUCCUGGAGCGUUCCCCACACAGGCCCAUCCUGCAGGCUGGUCUACCAGCCAACACCACAGCAGUUGUGGGAAGCGACGUCCAGUUCCACUGUAAGGUCUACAGCGAUGCCCAACCUCACAUUCAGUGGCUUAAACACAUAGAAAGGAACGGCAGCCGCUACGGUUCUGACGGGACGCCCUACGUCCGGGUCCUCAAGACCGGCAGUCUGAACAUGUCAGAGGUGGAGGUGCUCUACCUGUCCAAAGUAUCCAUGGAGGAUGCAGGAGAGUACACCUGUCUGGCUGGAAAUUCCAUCGGAUUUGCGCACCAGUCUGCUUGGCUCACCGUCCUCUCAGAGGAGGAAGCAGCAGACGCUAUGGACACCUUGGAGACAAAGUACACAGAUAUCAUCAUCUACGCCUGUGGUUUCCUGGCCCUGAUCAUGGCCAUCGUCAUCGUGGUGUUGUGUCGAAUGCAGGUCCACCCAAGAAGGGAGCCGUUUGACGCCCUCCCUGUCCAGAAGCUCUCCAAGUUUCCUCUUCGCAGACAGUACUCGGUGGAGUCAAACUCGUCUGGGAAGUCCAGUGCGUCGCUGAUGAGGGUGGCUCGCCUCUCGUCCAGCUGCUCUCCCAUGCUGGCUGGAGUCAUGGAGUUUGAAUUGCCCUAUGACCCUGACUGGGAGUUCCCCAGAGAGAAUUUAACGUUGGGCAAACCUCUAGGAGAAGGCUGCUUCGGUCAGGUGGUCAGAGCCGAUGCCUACGGCAUCAACAAGGACUCUCCGGAUCCGGCUUCAACUGUGGCGGUUAAGAUGCUCAAAGAUGACGCCACAGACAAAGAUCUGGCAGACCUCAUCUCGGAGAUGGAGCUGAUGAAGGUGAUGGACAAACACAAGAACAUCAUCAACCUGCUUGGAGUUUGCACACAGGAUGGGCCUCUGUAUGUUCUGGUGGAGUACGCCUCCAAAGGCAGUCUGAGGGAGUACCUGCGGGCCCGAAGACCCCCAGGCAUGGACUACACCUUUGAUGUGACCAAGGUGCCUGAAGAGCAGCUCACCUUCAAAGACCUGCUGUCCUGCGCCUACCAGGUGGCCAGAGGGAUGGAGUACCUGGCCUCAAAAAGGUGCAUCCACAGAGAUCUGGCAGCCAGAAACGUUCUGGUGACGGAGGACAACGUGAUGAAGAUCGCUGACUUCGGCCUCGCCAGAGGAGUCCACCAGAUCGACUACUACAAGAAAACCACCAACGGACGGCUGCCGGUGAAGUGGAUGGCACCCGAGGCUUUGUUUGACAGAGUCUACACACACCAGAGCGACGUGUGGUCGUUUGGUGUUCUGAUGUGGGAGAUCUUCACGCUGGGCGGCUCACCGUACCCUGGUAUCCCCGUCGAGGAGCUCUUCAAGCUGCUGAAGGAAGGACACCGCAUGGACAAACCCUCCAACUGCACACAUGAACUCUACAUGAUGAUGCGUGAGUGCUGGCAUGCUGUUCCCACCCAGAGGCCGACCUUCCAUCAGCUGGUGGAGGAGCUGGACAAAGUGCUGCUGUCCAUCUCUGACGAGUACUUGGACCUGUCGACGCCCUUCGAGCAGUACUCCCCGUCGUGCGAGGACACGUCCAGCUCCUGCUCCUCCGACAACGACUCUGUUUUUACCCACGAUGCCUUGUCCACCGACCCCUGCCUCCUGGGCUACCAGGACGUGCGCUCCAGGAUAGAUAUGAAGACGGCGCUCCGAUAGACUCCCAAACGGAAGGCAUCACCACGUUUACAGACAUGAACACAACACUUGUAACACAUCCACUGGCGGCCAUAUUGGAGGUUCGCAGAAGCAUUUCAUCAAGUUAAAGUUGGACCUCCAUUAUGGCACCAGACGAAGCCCUUAGAUAUAGGUGGGCAUUUAUACACACACAUAUAAACACAUGUAUGCAAGUGGAGCACUGAGGCCGGUGGGCUUCAUCACAUGGUGAAAGUUUGAAGAAAAACAUUUCAUCGUGGGCAGAAGAAAAAAAGAGGACAAACAAAAAUGCGGUACUUUGGACUAUCAGCUCUGGCACUGUGCCCAAGAACAGUUGUAAACGUUGGAGAGCUGCGGCACUAAACACAACAGGAGAAGAACCUGGUACUCGUAAAGGCCUCGAAAUGCUUUCUUUGAUCAACUCUCCCUCAGCGAGGCGAAGGACAAUGAUCUCCUCACACAACCCGAAACCAGGGCGAGAAACAAGACAUUUUAAACAAAAACAAAAAGAUUUAUUUUGCUAUGAUAAAAAAGAAGAAACAGAUAGUUAAAUAUAAAUCUCUCUAUAUAAGAUUAUUUUACUUUUGUGUUGCUUAUUUAAAAAAAGAAAAAACGGUCUUAAAUCUCAGGAUCUCGUGUGCUAAGAAGUGGCUGUAGUGGCAGCAAAGUGCCUGAAUUUACGAUUUCCUGUGAAUAUAUUAGAAUAUUAAAAUAUUGUAUGUACAUAUCAACAGCAGAAAGACGAUUGCCUUUAUAAAUUAUUCUGAAUGACACAAAAAUGAAGGUUAUUGGAGGCGAAAGGAGAGAGGAAUUUAAUCAAGUGUUUUAAGUGCCAAACCUGUUGCAGCUGUCAUAUUGUCUUCAUGUUCGGGUUUCAUUCCAAAAUAUUCAAUUUAGUGGGAACAUAUGAACGCAAUGAUCCCCUUUAAAUUAAAACACAACAUUUAACUCACCCCCAAAACACAAUCUAACAGUAGAUGCUAUUAAAGAUUGGUUUGCAUCUGCGGCUUUUGAAAAAAAACCAAAAAAAAAAACAGUAUUUGACAACCCAAGAAAUCCUUCGACUCAAACCUCAAAUGUAUGUGGUCCAAAAAUUAUGGAUUUGACCUUUAACGAUGGCUUAAAAUUUUGGAAUGAAACCCUCCAUUUGUUAUUUUGUAGUAAACUGCUUCGACCUCCAGCCCAAUCAAACAAUUUGUGGUUAAAUACCAGAAGGAGUUCCAGUUCUUGUUGCUGCUGUUGGAAGAAAACCAUCAAUGUUUUAGCUCCGAUACAAAAUUCUUAAGUCAUAAAACGAGUUUAGAAAAGCUCUGGGUCUCAUUAACAUGUUCAAAACAACCAUGUACAGUUUGAGACAACACUACGUGGUCUUCCUCUAACAACAGCUUCACUCUUUCAGUCUGCAUUGUCAGAGACAGUGGGUCCAGGGUGGGACCCCACCCUGAAAGGAGGACUGACGAUUCAGCAUUGGGGACUCCGUUGGGGAGCUGGC